AUGCUGCUAAGUGCAGUGAUAAUUUGUUGUAUCGUCAUUGUGAACGCAGAGUCAUCUCUCAACAGCUACUCUCUCACUGGCGAUAACAAUGGGUACGAUUACGGUAGCACCGAUUACAAUAACGCCGACUACAGUAGCACCGUAGUCGCUAAUAACGGAUACUUAGGAUCCAAGGAUAGCUACUUAAAUGGUGGAAAUUUUUACAAUGACAGAGAUACCGGUUACAAAUUAUCCAAUCACGUCGGUAGCCAUUCGUUGAUUAACGGCGGUAAUCAAGGUAAUAUAGGGAGUGACAUGGCAAGCAGUUACAGCAAGUAUCCCACGAACGAUCACGGAAGCGAUUACUCUGGCUAUUCCAAAACUUACGAGAAUCCCGACGGUGACUCUUACUCCUUAUCGAAUCACGCAGCGUCUAACCCGUUCAAAGGAUAUUCCGGUUUCACCAGUAACGUAGAGCAUGGCUUUAAUGCGUAUUCGGGUGGUUCCGUUCAAAAGGACUCCGAUUUCGGCCAGUACACCGCUGGUAGUAACAGUAACAGUCAAAGAAUACCCGCCUACUCUGCACACAAUAAACCGACCAUGUUGGAAAAUUAUUCGGAGGAUACCGCCGAUAGCGACGUACGUGCGCAAGGAUAUCACGGUUUCUCCGGCAUUUCGAGCUACUCCGAGAGUGAUCACAUCUACCCCCCUUAUCCGCCAGCUGGCGAGUAUCCGUUUGGAAAGCAGAAAGACGGCCUGUACAGUAACUUGAAAGGUGGGAACAAGUACAACGAUAUCCACUCGAUGUCGACCGCGACGCGUUACACGCGUGGAAAUGCGGGACACUCGAGCCAUAAUCAUGGUGCUUCAUCGCUGUACCUGUCCAGUUCCGGGCCGAGCGGCCACUUAUCCAAGACGCACGGCUCCGGUGUCUACUACUCCACGGGGAAACCGUAUAAAUACGGUUACAAGUACUCGUCUCGCUACGCUCCGAAUAGCGGCAUAACGUAUCUGACGCGGGAGCGAGACAGUCAUUAUACUCCGUACGGCAAGGGUAGUGGAAAAGUCAUAAUAAUUAAGGAUAGCAGACCGAGUUACGCGAAUAUGUACUCCGACUCGCCCUACAUCGGCGCUCCCGGUGGUUACAGAAGCAAGAGCAGCGGUUUCAUGAGCGCUUAUUCCUCUUCGCCGAAUUUUGACAGAUACGGCGGCACCAGUAGUAAUUACGACGACGGCUCCAUCAUCCCUAGGCGAUUCAGGGCGAGCGGUGGGCCCAUGAUCUUGCAAAAGACUGUCUAUUCUUGA